AUGUCAAGGCGGAGUGAGCGACUUGUUUCAAGUGGGUAUUACCCGAAUGACGAUGAUGCAACCAGCACCAGCUCCACUGGAUCCACUGUCCUAAUAUCCUAUAGGGAGAGCCCACUCAGGAUCCCUAAAUCUAGGACCAGAAGCCGAAAAGGAGCCAGCUCCUCUCGUGCAUCUAGUCAAGCGAGCAACGUGUCUGAUUUUCUGAGUCCAUACAUCAGAGACUCAACCAAAACUGACGACUGUAUGACUCCAAACAGUGGAGUCCAUAGGAGGAGUCCUGUUUACCACAGCACAACUAGCCUCCUCUCCAGCUCUGCUGGCCAUGCCCAGCUGGACAGUAACCGUGAGACUGCAGGAUUUUCCUCUGGCUACUCGUCUUCUGAGGAAGGUUAUUACCGGCCCAGGACCAACAGCAGCUGCAGUUCAGCCCAGUCUCCUGCAGAGGCAGGGAUUGGACUCACAGAGGUACUCCGUUCCCCAGCUCGUGCUCUGGCAAUGUUGUACUUCUGGUUUGCCACAACUUGGUACAGUCUGACCUCUGGAUUGUCUCUGCUGGAUGUGUUUUUACUGAGCCGACGCACCGCAGGCAUGAAGAAGGCCAUCCUCCUCUUCCUCCUUAUCUUUCUCUUGAUUUUUGGUGUAUGGUACUGGUACCCUUCUAUCUCUGCUUCCCUCACUCAGACUAAGGCCUCCAUAAGACCUGUUCAACACACCUCACAUGAGCAGAUUCCUCAUGUUAGUCUGUUGGCUAUAAAGGAGCAGAUCAAUGCUGAGCUUCAUAAACACAAAGCUGAAUGGUCUGAGAGCAGGAGUAAAGAUGUGGAGCAAUUAAUGAGGGAGAUCAAUCUAUUGAAACAGGGUGGAGAAAAACAGAAGCUCUUGACUGAGAGGCUGAUAACUGACAUGGACAGUCUGAGAGCAGGCACAAAGAAUGUGGAGUCUGAUGUGCAAAGGCAGUGGGAACAGGAGAUGACUGGAAUGCACAGUCAGAUUACUGGCUUAAAAGAACAUGUGUCCCAUCUCCAGUCAACUUCUGACCUACUUCAACAGAGAAUGGACACACAGGAGAAUCAGCAUGCUGAGGUAGUACUGAAGCUAGAGCUGUCUGAUUGGCUGUUGAAGUUCCUGUCCUCAAAUGAAGCUGUCAGUCAACAGAAUUUGGUAAAGCGGCCAGACCUACAGAGCCAACUGGAGGAUCUGGAAAAGAGACUACUGGACCGAUUGAGGCAGGACAGAGAAGAAAAGAAGACAGAUGUGUGGAGAAGUGUGGGAGAGACUCUCCGACAGGAAGGAGCGGGAGCCGUCACCAUCCAGGACGUGGAGCAGAUAGUUCGCAGAGCCCUGAGUAUAUACAGAGCCGACGGGAUCGGGAUGGCAGACUACGCUCUGGAAUCUGCAGGCGCAAGUGUGAUAAAUACAAGGUGUUCAGAAACGUAUCGGACCAGGGCAGCCUGUCUGAGUCUGUUUGGGUUCCCUUUGUUGUAUCUUUCGGAGAGCCCACGUACUGUUAUACAGCCUGAGUUGUACCCUGGAAAAUGCUGGGCUUUCCGUGGUACUGAGGGAUUCUUGGUCAUCUCUUUGUCCUACCCGGUCCACAUCACUCACGUCACCCUGGAACAUCUUCCAAAAGUCCUGUCUCCAACGGGACGUAUCGACAGCGCACCACAGGACUUUGCCGUUUAUGGUAUGACCAGUGAGAAUGAAGAGGGAACUCUUCUCGGGAGGUUCACAUACGAUCAUGAAGGAGAGUCCAUUCAGACUUUCAAACUGCCGGACCCUCAGGAACAGAAGAUUUACAAUGUGGUGGAACUCCGUAUCCUGAGUAACUGGGGACACCCUGAGUAUACCUGUGUUUACCGGUUUCGGGUUCACGGGAAACCAUUGUCCUCCUGA